GCCCUCUCGCGCUCCUGUUGAGUGUCACGCCAGAAGAAAAUGAUCGCAGUGACUUUCACUUUCGCAGUCCAAUCGCGUGAAAUUUUCUCGUUAGCUCGAAUGACAAUUCGCAACUCGUACGGAUGAUUUUCACUGUACCCGCACUCUUCUUCUUCUUCUUCUGGAAAUUCAUCGACACGGCCCUCUGCUGAGAACUGGGUAGCGAGGAUCUAGUCUACGGGGAUGGCCACGGAGAGACACUCCUCGGUGGCGGCAACGUCUCCUGACGACAACGCGCUGUUCUUGGAUAUACUGCACGAAGCGCCUUUGUUUGGUCACCGGAAGCGCACGCGGAUUUACGGCAGCAUUGCGUACUGUUUCUUGUUGGUCGGUUAUGCCGUUUUGGCUAUUGCGGCUCCGUGGAUCUUUGAAUCUAUAGGACCGCUGAUCCCACCUUUGCUUUGCAGUUGUAAUGUCGCCUUAAUGAUCGUCACAGGAAUCUUUCUGCAGUAUCUGGUCUACCAAGUGCAAAAAAUACGUCUGCAGGGUUACUAUAGUUUCAGCCAGAAGUUGAAGCAUAUUGUCCGUCUACCUUUUGCAUUUACAGCAUAUGGAACCGCUGCUAUGCUACUUGUCAUUGUCUGGGAUCCCUACAUUGGUUUUCUCUCCAUACCUGUGAUGCUGAGGAUUAUCAUGGUCAUAGAAGCAAUAUGUGCUGGGUCUUUUAUGAGUGUAUAUAUUGGAUAUGUCCACCGUUACAAUUCCUUAAAUUCUCAUCCUGAUGUGUUAAAGUCAUUGUACUCUCCACUUCAACAGUCAAGUCCUUUGGAAGGUGUAAGAUACCAUGAUGGUGGACGGCUUUCUGAUCAGCAAAUGGCUUUAUUGCAGUAUCAACGUGAGAACCUCCAUUUUCUAAGUGAGGAGGUUCUUCGACUGCAAGAAUCCUUGAGCAAAUAUGAGCGAUCCAAUGACGGGAUCACUCCACAGGUUGAUCUGGCCCACCUAUUGGCAGCUCGUGAUCAGGAGUUAAGGACGCUUUCAGCUGAGAUGGAUCAACUGCAGUCAGAGCUUAGGCUUGCUAGGUCUCUGAUAGCUGAGAGGGACUCUGAGAUCCAGCGUGUUCGCACAACUAACAAUCAGUAUGUUGAAGAGCAUGAGAGGCUAAGAGCUAUUAUAGGAGAGUGGAGUACUCGGGCAGCAAAGCUUGAACGAGCCUUGGAUGAACAGCAAAAGAGGACAGCAACAAGCAGCCAGUUACAUAGUUCAGCAGCUUCAAAAGAGAAACAAGGACCCUGAUAAGCUUUGUCAAAUUAAGGGCGAUUCUUGUACAGUAUCUGCUUGGUCAUUGCUUAAAUAGCUUCUAGUUGUUAGAACAUCUUGAUUACUGUGUCACGGCCCUGAAGGCCUGAGCAUUUUCCAAGCAAUAGAGAUAGGAAGGACUAACCAUAUCCAUUCGCUUGUUACGAGUGUGGACAUACGGAGGAUAGGACGGACUGACCAUAUCAAUGUCCAUUCACUGAUCCUCAGGGGGUUGGGAGUUGGGGCAUGUUGGAGGAUGUACAGUGUGCACGUUGAAUCAAGCUAAUGACAAACGCAGCCAAGAUCUUGCCACGGUGUUUUA